AUGGAAAAGGUAGUUGGAAAAUUAAUUUAUUUAUAUAAUAUAUUUCAAAUCAUGAGUACUCCUACAGUAAUUCAUGAUUUACAAUUUUUAUAUUCCCAAGUAUCAUUUGUCUUGGGAAUAAUGGUUUCUUUUAUUUAUUUAUCUCUAUCUCUAUGUGCUACCAUUGCCGCAGUUUUUGGUGCCAAUAAAGGACCACUCUCUAAAAAUACAUUUGUUGUCAGAUUUGGAUUUAUUCCAGGUGUUAUUGGUAGUGAACUAAGUCUUCACUUUGUAUUAUUAAUGUCAUUGAUAACUGUAAUUUGUUGGAAAGUAAAUUUAUUUGUAUAUUUUAUUCCAAGAUUGGGUCUCUUUAUUAUGACUGUCAGUUCUUGCUUCCUCAUUAAAACCUACUUUGGUGGUUUCAAAACUGCUGCGCCAGCCAAGCGUGUUAUGGAUGCUUUUUGUGGUGUUCCAGCCAACCAGAAUUUUCAAAAGAAACCAUUCAGUUUCUCAAAUAUUCUAGUGUCAAUCCGUUCGUUCCAACAGCGAACUUUCCAAGCGGUCGAGUCUUUCGUUAUGUCGUUCCGCAAACAAAAGAUUCACCAACAUUCUUCAUCGACUCUCGGCGAUCCAAACCCACUGAGUUUCGGUUUUUGGUUCAAAAUGCUUUUCUUCCUACCGAAACUCCACUUUCCCAAUGUUCAACGCAUUCGUGACAUCCCAUACGGUGAACACAGCCUGCAGGCAAUCGACAUUUACUUCCACAACACCUGUCCAACAUCGCGUCCCAUUCUCGUCUAUGUCCACGGUGGUGGUUGGCGUGAGAACAGCGGAACCCGAGCCAACUCUGGAUUACCAUUCAUCUACCAGAUGGCCAACCAAAAAUGGAUCGUUUUCUCGAUUGGCUAUCGUUUGUCGCCCACCCACAAAUUCCCAACUCACAUCCAGGAUGUGAAGCGUGCCAUCACAUGGGUACGUGAAAACGCUAUCCACUAUGGUGGUGACAUCGACUGUAUGUUUAUUGCUGGUGGUUCUGCAGGAGGACAUUUGGCAACACUCGCUUCACUCACCGACGGAAAAGAUUUCGAAGAGUUUUCCAAGGGUGCCGCUGCCGGUAACUCACAAGGUGUCAGCCAACUUCCACCACAAAUCGACAAUCUCAUCAAUCAAUUUAACAAUGAAAUUAACAGUAACAGCAAUAACGAACAACAAAACACUGCUAAUCAAGCCAUCAACAUCAAUAUGAACAGCUUGAAACUCGUUGAUAACAAACCAAGGAAGAGUUACCCUCCAUUCCGUGCUUGUAUCUCGAUGUAUGCAGUCUAUGAUUUCACCAACCGUAACAAUACGUUCGUAGUUGAUUUCCCAGCUUAUUUGAGUUGGAAGAAUAUCAUGCCAGCUGCCUACAAAGAGAUUCCAGAUCUCUAUGGAAUGUGCUCACCGAUCGACCAAAUCCCAUCGGAGACAUCGACACAGUAUUUCAUUCUCCACGGAGAUUUCGAUGAGUUGGUACCGAUGGAAGAGUCACUCUAUUUCAUCAAGCGCUUCAAAGAGACCGUAAAGAAUCCGAAUAUCACAUGGCUCGAGAUUCCAGGUGGUCAUCACGCUUUCGACGCCAUCUACUCGCCGCGUACCAUCUACACCGUGCAUGCCAUGUACAGAUAUCUCAAUCGUGUCUACCGUCAACACAUCUCCGACCGUCUUCAACAGAGAAAACAACGUCAGCUACGUGAGAGAAAGAAUCUACUUUCACUAUCAGCUUCAUCACUACCAACUUCAGCAAAUCACCAUGUAAUUAGUCAACAACAACAACAACAACAAUCAUCACAACCAAAUAUCAACCAACCGAUUUAUCAGCACCAACAACAACAAUUAAUUAACUAUAAUUUAACGAAUAACACCGAUAAUAGUCUCAAUGGUCAAGGAUCAAUAGCAUCGAUAGCAUCUUCCACAUCCAUUGCACAACCCAUUCCAAUCGAACACAUUGGAAAAUAA